CAAUUCCCGAUCAGAAAGACGUCACACACAAAGCGCAGCUCGCGCGCAAGCUCACUGUCCUUCAAAAGCUGCAGAAGUAAUACCACAAACUUUGACAAAAAACACUUUUUAGUGCAACGAUGCAGAAUCGAAAGGGAAGUGCGAUCAUAUGGAGUCACGUCUGCCUCUACUCUUUUUCAGGAGUCAUUGUUUUAUUGGAGAAAGUGGCGCUUGCACUGUGCUUUACUCACUACCUCUGGAUGGGCGAGGAGCUGCUGGCCUGGCUGACUCUGGCUCUGUGUCUGCCUGUCACACUUGUGCAGCUGCUCAGUUUGAAGUGGUACAUCACUGAUGCAGAUCGAUCCAAGCCCUCCCUUCUGCUUCUGCACUGUCUGCAUCUGGGCGUCUAUCACAGGUUAUGGUGCUGCAUGAAGUCUCAGGGUGGGCAGGUUAAGUUUGGUGCAUUAUUAAUGCAGCAGGCGGAUGUGUCUGCUCUGUUACUGAUCGAGGCCCUGACACUCAGCUUGCCUCAAAGUCUACUGCAGACCUACAGUUUCUUCACCCUUCACCCUGGCUUUCUGUCACCAGUGGUCUUAUGUGUGGGGCUGAGCCUGCUGAAUGUGUCCUGGUUUCUGGUCCUGUACAGCCGCUCAUGCUCUCUGCUCCGUCCCGGUCACUUGCACAUGACUCCCGCUGCAAUGCUGUGUCAGCUCAUAUGGAGAGGGGGCAUGCUGGGUGCCAGGGUGGCCAGCCUCAUGUUCUUCUGCAGUAUGUUUCACUGGUGGUCCUGUGGAGUUGUGUGUUUCCACUGGCUCAUUAUGACAUUCUGGCAAGUGUCCCAGCAGACAGAUAUCUGCAUUAAUCGUGCUUCCUGGCGGCUCUUCAACUUCAUCUUCGGGGCAAUUCACAUUUUCUUCUUCCUCAACGUUAAAGAUGGGCCCUCUCGGUACCGCAUGACUGGAUUCUAUUUGUUAAUGCUGCUGGAGAACACGUUCCUUCUGCUUUUGGCAUCAGACUCGCUCAGCGGGAUUUCGUGGGACAGCUUGAGUGUUCCUCUGAACGUCUUAUGCAGCUUCCUUAUCGGUGUGAUAUUUGUUGUUCUGUACUACCGAUUUCUUCAUCCAAAAUCUACGGAAAUCCUCCAGAGUCUCAGACUCCAAAUGAGUCUGACAACUAUUGACAGAACAACCGAUGUGGACUGCAAGGACACAACACUCGGAUCCUCCACACACCACCAUGGCACUUUCUCAGUGACUGGUUUUCCUCCUGACACGCAGGCAGGAGGAGGAUCUUCUGUUCAGCCUCUAGAGGGCGACUGGCACCAUCAUCAUAUGUUAAUACGUCUGGCUCUCAAAACUGGAAACACAGUCAAGAUCAGCUGCAUGUAUGGAGACAGAGGGCUUUCAGUCAUCCUGGACAAUGAUGAUGCACCCAACAUAGACACUGGAGGGGACGCUUGUAACCAGCCAAACAUGGAAGCAGGUGAACAAUCUAAAAGUAGUCCAGCUGAAAACCGUGAAGGAUUAUCUGUUGCUGAAGUGAGACAGCAGUCUCUAGAGAAGGGUGCAGGGUAUAACACCUGCCCUGCAGACUGCAGUAGCACUGUUUACUUCAGUGCAGAACCCCAUUCCUCUUAUAGUGUCAGUGAUGCUACAUUAGAGAAAGAGAGUAUGGCUGUGAUCAGUCCCAUUAUGAAUGGAGCUGCACUGCACCUGUCUGCCAAACAGCUGUUGAACAGGAACCCAUGUCAUACCUCAACUCCAAUACCAGACCUCAAAACAAUGCAGAGUACAAGUCCUCGAUUAGGAGGGGCGAGAAGACAGGUACAUUUUUAAUACUAGAAUUUAUUUGGGAUAAAGCUGGUAAAUAUUUUCAUUUUGCUAGGCUUCUGCAGAUCUUAAAGAUUUUUAAUUCAGCUCCGUGCACCAUUUAAGGCCUUAGAUCAGAGCAGAUCUUAAGUUCAUGAAGUCAUGGAAAUAAAUGUUUUGCAGCAUGAUGAGAAGGUACAGUAAGUUAUUUCCAUAUUUUAGUGGGGGUGGGGGUUACAUUAUAAUGACGGUCAGUUGAAGUGUUGCUAAUACAGCUCCAAUUUUCAAUUUAUUCCAUAUAUUUUCUUUAAGUGUUCUUUAAAAAUCUUUCAUUUACCUUCGUUAAACCUGUAGAAACUCUGGUUUAUUGUUAUUAAAUAUUAUAAACACUAUAAGCUGGCAGUUAUCUGUAUGCAGCUUAGUACCGUUAGUUAUAAGCUCAGUGAAUUAAAAUUGGUUUACAUUUACUAUGUACUAUAUGUUACACUGACAUAUUUUACUUGCUGCUCUUUUUUUUUUGCCAGG